AUGCAAGAGCAAGGGAUAAGUAUGAUGGGGUCUGGAGGAAUCGGAGGAAUAAGUGCUAAUGAUGUGUCCGUGGCGGUUUCCGGCGAGUUGCACCACCAGCUCAAGUCGGAGAUCGCCACCCACCCGCUGUACGAGCAGCUGCUCUCCGCCCACGUAGCGUGCCUGCGUGUGGCCACCCCUAUUGAUCAGCUGCCACUUAUUGAUGCGCAGCUCUCUCAGUCCCACCACAUCUUGCGCACUUACGCUCAAAACGCCACUCACUCACUUCCUCCACAUGAACGCCAAGAACUCGACAACUUCUUGGCACAGUACUUGUUAGUUUUGUGUUCAUUUAGAGAGCAGCUGCAGCAACAUGUCAGAGUCCAUGCUGUUGAAGCUGUCAUGGCCUGCCGUGAAAUUGAACAGAACUUACAAUCUCUCACCGGAGCAACACUGGGCGAAGGAACCGGAGCUACAAUGUCAGACGACGAGGAUGAGCUGCAAAUGGAUUUCUCUUUAGAUCAAUCUGGAGCUGACGGCCAUGAUCUAAUGGGGUUCGGCCCGUUGCUUCCAACUGAAUCCGAACGUUCUUUGAUGGAGAGAGUGAGGCAGGAACUCAAAAUCGAGCUGAAACAGGGAUUCAAGUCGAGAAUCGAAGAUGUGAGAGAGGAAAUAUUAAGAAAAAGAAGGGCAGGGAAAUUACCUGGCGACACAACCACCGUGCUCAAGAAUUGGUGGCAGCAGCACUCAAAGUGGCCUUAUCCAACUGAAGACGACAAGGCGAAGCUAGUAGAACAAACAGGGCUGCAGCUGAAGCAAAUAAACAACUGGUUCAUAAACCAAAGGAAACGCAACUGGCACAGUAACUCACAGUCGGCCACAUCUCUCAAGUCCAAGCGCAAGCGAUAGAUUAUGACAGUCGAUUGUGCUAUAUGAACAUUAGGUGACUUCUGAUCUGGGACGAAAUUCAGCAUGAAACAAUUGUGAAGUAACUUGAAACUAAUGGUCUUAGUUAACUGUUAGAUCAGCCGUGUAAGAACGUCGUAUAUACAUAUAUAUGUGUGUAGAUUUGUAUGUUGAGAUAAGAAAACCCUGCUAACAAACUUGUAAGAAAUGGGGGUAUAUAUAUAUCUAUAUAUGUAUAUACCUCCAUUGUAAUAACUUUUGCCACCAUGUAGUAAAUUUGUGUGAUGAACUUA